AUGGGAGCUGGAUCUGCUGGGACUGGGGGCGGAUCUUCCAGAGAUGGAGCUGUUCCAUCGGGACCUGGCGCUGCUUCCCUGGGAAUUGGAUAUGUUGUAGUUGAAACCAGACCUUCCACCGAUGGAGCCGUUCCAUGGAGGCUUGGCGCCGCUCCCAUAGGGACUGGAUCCGUUGGAGUUGAAAUCAAAUUUGCCAAAUCUGGAGCCAAUCCAUUAGGCCCCGGAACCGCUACCACGGGGAUUGGAUCUGUCGGGGGCGGAAUCGGAUUUUCGAUAGCUGGAGUUGUUCCACCAGGAACUGGCGCUGCUUCCACUGGAGUUGAAAAGUCUGAGGUCGGGGCUGUUCCAUCAACGAUUGGAAUUGUACCUGCAGAAAUGGGACCCUCCGAAGACAAAGUCGUUCCACUGGAGCUUGAGGCUACACCUGCUAAAGCCGAGCCCUCUGGAAUCGAUGCUGCUUCCUCGGAGACGGGGACUGCUGAAGUCAAAGGCAAUUCGGAGGCAUUAUGGUCUGCUGCCACUUCUAAGGCUGACAUCAAAUCCCUCACAACGUGA